AUGGCGGUGGAUAGGGGUGAUGUUGAUAGAAUUGAUGGUGUGAUACAUUUACACGAAAUGGUGGCGGAGUUAAUACAAUUAACUAAUCAAAUAUUCGGAUGGAACUUUUUAUUUUCCAGCGUACAAAUGAUUUUAUAUUUUCUGUGUUUUACUAAGUUACAAUUGGAAUCAGGGGUUUUUGAAUGGCAAAGGAGUGCGUUCAUGAUAGUGUGGACAGCGUACAAUAUGAUUCAAACUGUGGCGGUUGCUGCAAUGUGCGAAAAAGUCAACGAUGAAGGAACCAAGACCAUAACCAUCGCAUACAAAACUCUCGCACGCUAUAUAAACAUCGCAUACAUCCGUGAAAGAUUGUUUAUCUUCGCACAACAAUCCACAGCGUUGUAUCCACAGUUUUCAGCUGUGGGGUUUUUCAAUGUCGACUUUGCAAUGCUUUUCACUUUUAUCAAUCUUAUAACUACUUAUGUCAUAGUUGUUAUACAAUUCUCCAACAAUGUCCACUAA